AUGGGAACCUGCUGCUCGUUCAAAGACGAGGAUAGACAUCCCUGCCUGGGCAGAUUCCUCAGGAAAGCCCUUACUUUACUAUCAAAAGACGGCAGCAGGAAAAGGAGGAGGAGCAGUGAGCCAACUAAGACCUGUGAGCCUUCAGGAGACCUAGCAGGAGCUACCUUUGUGAGCAAAUACUGGGAGAUGGAUCAACUUGGUGAAGGAGGUUUYGGAACCGUAUUUGCUGGCUACCGGAGAGAAGAUUGCCUCCCAGUAGCCAUCAAGCAUAUAAAGGACAAAAAUCUCCUCCCACCAUUGAGUCCAUAUGGGAAGGAGCUCCCUGCAGAGGUGGCCAUUAUGCUGAAACUCACAGCUGAAAAAGAUGACUCUCCAGGGAUGUGUGCACCAAUAGAAUUGCUGGACUGGUAUGACCUGGGCCACGAAUUGAUACUGGUGCUGGAGAGACCUGUCUAUGCUGUGGACCUUCAUGAUCACRUAGCUCUAAACGGAGGGUCUCUACAGGAGUGGGAGGCSAAAAUCAUAAUGACACAGCUGGUGGACGCUGCUAUCGGGCUGGAGAAGAGACAAAUAUUUCACUCYGACAUGAAACUCCACAAUAUCUUGAUUGAUAUUGGCGCAAUUGUCCCAUGUGUUCGCCUCAUUGAUUUUGGGCUGAGUCRAAUUGUGACAAAAGACAAAGUCAUCACCAGAUUCCGUGGCACCCGAAAACACAUCCCUCCAGAGGAGUACUACRAGUKUGGMUACAUGGCUGGUCCAACCACCGUAUGGMMGCUUGGGAUUAUCCUAUUUGAAAUGCUUCACAAAAAGGUUUUCACUACUGGAAGUUUUCUCAAAAAGGAACUGAAAAUAUCCUCUCAACUGUCCAGAGAUAGUAACGAUUUCCUUCAACUGUGUUUGAAGUUAGACCAGACGCAGCGCGCCACCCUGACAGAGCUCCAGCAUCACCCAUGGUUGAAAAACUGA